AGCAUGUUCCAGAUGAAACUUGCUCUGGAUAUAGUGGAGACGAAACAACGGUACAAAGAUCAGUUUACGGCCGCUUCAUCUAUAUUGAAAUUUGGUAGAUAUAUUUGCGAUGUAUUAACUAAAAACAUUCAACUAAAUGACAUUUUAGCAAAUAAAUUGGAAACCGAUUUUGAUGCAAUUAUCUUUGAACCUGGAAGAAUGUCGAGUUGCUUGGCAUACCUCGGAGCAAACUCAACCCUACCAGUGAUACACACGAGUCCAGUUCCAAUAAAUACUUACACGGAACGUAUCACUUAUGGCGAUGUCCACAACCCAGCAACAGUGUCAACGCUGUUAUUUAAAUCCGCUAUUCCCAAGACCUUCGUUCAACGGUUAACUAAUACACUUGCUUUUCUGUACAUCAGUACAAAAACCAGAUUUCAAGAAUUCUUACUUCAAGUAAUUGAAUCAAAACCUUACGAUUUAAGCAUCGUAACACCUCCAUCAUUGGUCUUCAUGAACUCUCAUUUCAUAAGCGAUAAAGCUAGACCAACUCCGUCGAAUGUUGUUAAUGUCGGUGGAAUUCAUUUAAAACCACCUAAAAAAAUACCUCAGGAUAUAUUGGAUUUUAUUGAAAACUCACCAAGUGGAGUAAUUUUAUUCACAUUUGGUUCAACAAUUGCAGUGAGUUCACUUCCAAAAAAUAUUAUAACUGCAUUUAAAGAAGCAAUAGCUCAACUUCCACAAAGAGUUUUAUUGAAAUACGAGGGAGAAAUGAAAGAUAAACCGAUAAAUGUCAUGACGAGAAAAUGGUUCCCUCAACGUGACAUUCUUUUGCACAAAAACGUUAAGCUCUUUGUUAGUCACGGUGGAAUAUCUGGAUUGUACGAAGCAGUAGAUGCUGGAGUUCCAGUCUUAGGAUUUCCAAUCUUCAUCGAUCAGUAUAGAAACAUAGAUAAUUUAGUCGAAUCAGGCAUGGCAAUAUCAAUGGAAAUAUUUUCAGUAACUAGAGAUACUUUUUUGAAAAAUGUAUUGGAUCUUGUUAACAACGACAAAUACAAGCACAAUGCCAAAGUUGCUUCAGAAAUAUUUAAAGACCGACCAAUGUCACAGGAAAAGUCUGUUGUUUACUGGACAGAAUAUGUUAUUCGUCACAAAGGAGCACAACAUCUAAAAUCUCAAGCUCUUAAUUUAACGUGGUACCAAUACUUUUUAUUGGACGUGAUCGCCUUAAUUGUCUUAUUUAUUUUUAUUGCUGUACUGUUGGUUUUAAAAUGUCUUAAAUUUAUUCGCACAAUUUACACAAAGAUGUAUUCAUCACACACCAAAUUAAAAUCUAAUUAAUAAUAUAUUUUAUAGUUAUUUAAAAAUAUUAAA